CCUGACUUUCUUGUAGAGUCUUUCGAUCCCACCACGGAGCCGUUUCACCAGCGUCGGGAUAGUCCUUUCCUUUCCACAACUUUUGGCCUGCGCGCUGUCAUCGGGGAGAUUCGACACCGACAGGGAAACGUUCUCGAGUCAUUCGCAGUUGGUGCUGGAAAAGCUCAUUCUGACCAGACAUUAACGCCCGGAGAGGGUGAUCUUGGUUUUACAGGAGUCACCAGAGAGAGCAAUGCAAACAUGAAAGGAUCACCCGGAGACGACGAUCUUUGCUCAAUCGGCGGCGCCCGAGAGAGAUAUGAAGGCUUGAAAGUAGCACUGGUAGACGACGCUAGGGUCCAUAAGAGAGGGUACGGAUUCUGGACAGAGAGUAUUGAUGGGAGAUUGGACCACGGAGAUCCAACUCUGGUGCAGCCUCUGUGGACGGUGAGAUCGAGGACCGGACCGAGUUCAAGGAGGACUGUGAGUAAAGAAAACCUAAGAAGCGCGAAGGCGAGUUCGAAGGAUUUCCCACCAAUGUUGCCCUUGUUGGACGAGGACGGGAGGCCAAUGUUCAACCUGGUGAAAGUGAGGAGUGCUGGAAGAUUGUUGAUCGUUGCGGAGAGGAACUUGCAGCCGAGGCUCGUACGGACUCAUAGCCAAGACGGAAGACUUCGAAUAGACAUUGCGUUUCCUGAAGAAGCAGAAGACGAAGAGGGAGAAGAGGAGGAGGAGGAGGAGAAUGUAGGGCCAAAUAACGUAGGUACUGGUGUCCAGGACGUUGGUCCUAGAAUAGACAUCAUGCUUCCUGAAGAAAAAUAA